ACAACGAAUUGCCUGCCUGUCGAAGUGCAAAAGUAAAAUAGCAAAGCCGCUAGUCGCCAAUCGCAAGUCGCAAGCUGAAAAGUGAUCUGUUUAUUAACAAAAGUCUCGUUAAGUAGUACAAAGUAGUUCAAGUGAAAUUGUGAAAAAAUGGCUUUAAAGGUUCUUUUCGUUAUUGCCGCAGUGAUUGCUUGCGCGCAUGCCAGACCCGGCGGCCCCGCAGCCUACUCCAUUUCCGCACCCAGCGUGGACCACGCUUCGGUGGGUAGCACACAAGAGCACACCGUCAAGGGCCACUAUGGCCAAUCGUCGCAAUCGGACUACUCCAGUGCCGUACAGACCGCGCAUUCGCAAUCGCACGUCCAGCGUUCCAGUAUUAGCAACGAUGCAGGCGUGGCACCAGCCAUUGGCGUAUCGCAUGGUCUUCUUGGACAUCCAGGUAUCCCAAUUGCCGCACCAGCCUUGGCGCAUUACCCAGCACCAGUAGCUGUUAAAGCCCUUGCCGCCCCCGCUUUAGUGCAUACCGCCGUCGCCGGACAUGGUGUGCAUUACGGCUACUAAUAAGGCAGAAGAAUCGAGAAAUGUGAGCAACAAAAAACAAAAGAGUAGUGUAGAGAGAGAGAGAGAGAGAGGGGAAGCACAAUUGUGAGAGAAGGGGACAGCUUAAGCGGCAGAGCGCUGGACGUCGCCUAGUGGCUGGCCGCCGCACACGUCGACGUCGACGCCAACGCCGUGACACUAAAACAAAUUACAAAUAAAACAAAAAGUAAAAAAAAAAUAAAUUAACGAGGCAGAAAUUAAUAAGGAAAGAAGAAAAAUAAACAAAUAAACAGCAAAAUGAAUCAUUAUUAUGUAGGAUAACAGCAGGAAAGCAAUUAUGAAAAGAACAAACAUUACAGCCAUGUAUGACGUGCAACAACGAUGCCAACAACAACACCAACAACAAUCAACGCAACAAUGAAUACUUAUUAACAAAAACAAAAACAACACAAAGAACAUCAAUACACAUAAAUGUUAACAAGUGAAAACAGCUAAAGCAAAA